GGCUACGUUAUCUUUCCCUAUGGGACCAAACACAGAACUAGCUUUCGGAUUGGGCUGGGUCUUCCAACCAAAACACAAAGCCUCUGAGCCUUUACAAAAACCCUAACCCUAGCUGUCUGCGUAGCCAAGGCGCACCAGAACCCUUGCAAUCCACACCGGUAAUCAUUUUUCUUUACUCAAGAGAAAUGAGCAAAGGAAGUGGCGGUCCGGCGAAGGCCGGGAAGAAGAAGGGAGCGACCUUCACGAUCGACUGUGGUAAGCCGGUGGAGGACAAGAUCAUGGACAUCGCCUCGCUCGAGAAAUUUCUCCAGGAGCGCAUCAAGGUUGGCGGCAAAGCGGGCGCCCUUGGCGACUCCAUCACCAUCUCUCGUGAGAAGUCGAAGAUCACCGUCACUUCUGAUUCCAACUUCUCCAAGCGGUAUCUGAAGUACUUGACAAAAAAGUACUUGAAGAAGCAUAACGUGAGGGAUUGGCUUCGCGUGAUUGCAUCUAACAAGGACCGCAAUGUUUACGAACUCAGGUACUUCAACAUUGCUGAGAAUGAAGGCGAGGAGGAAGAUUAAACAAUCUAAUUCAGUAUUGAUUACUCUUGAAUCCCCUGUUUCAUCCGUUGUUUUCUUAUAUGAUCGAAUCUUUUUGUUGGCGAAUUUUGGAAUUUCUUAUGAAAUCUUCUCUUGUUUAUACUGAAUCAUUGCCGUGCUUAGUUUCGAUUAUUUUCUUAAUUAA